CUUGAUGACUCCAUCUCCCAUUCUUUGUUUCUUCUUCUUCUUCUUCUUCUUUCUCAUUCUGAAUUCUGUUACAUCAGCGGCUUCAUUAGGUCAAUGGAACAUCCUCCAGCAAAGCAUUGGCAUAUCAGCUAUGCACAUGCAACUUCUCAACAACGAUCGCGUCGUCAUCUUCGACCGCACCGACUUCGGCAUUUCCAAUCUCUCCUUGCCUGAUGGAAUUUGCCGGAACGACUACAAUGACUUUGCCCUCCAACAUGACUGCACUGCUCACUCCGCAGAAUAUGAUGUAACUACUAACUCUGUACGUCCCCUUAUGGUCCAAACCGAUACCUGGUGCUCUUCCGGUGCCGUCAACCCCGAUGGUUUCCUCAUCCAGACCGGUGGAUUCAAUGACGGUGAGAGAGCCGUCAGGAUUUUCAAACCCUGCACUAUUUGUGAUUGGCAAGAGAUUCCAAAUGGACUCAAUCAAGGCCGUUGGUAUCCCACCAAUCAUAUACUACCGGAUGGGCGGGUCAUCGUGAUCGGCGGCCAACAGAACAAUUACGAGUUCUAUCCCAAAUCUUCUACAUCCACCACCGAUACUGUAUUCAAUUCAACGUUUCUAGAACAAACUAGUAAUCUCUACCCAUUUGUUCACCUCAAUGUGGAUGGAAACUUAUUCAUCUCCGCCUACAAUCAAGCAAUCUUGUUCAACUACUCCACCAACUCUGUCGUCAAAACUUUUCCGACAAUUCCAGAUUAUCAACCUCGGACCUACCCAUUCACGGGCUCCUCAGUUCUCCUCCCACUAAGGAACUUACAACAAUCUUCAGUGCAAGCUGAGGUUCUCAUCUGUGGUGGAGCUUCAUGGGAUUCAUACCAGCAAUCCACUUCAGGGAAUUUCACCGAAGCAUUAAACACAUGUGGGAGGAUCCGAAUUACUGACCCGAAUCCGACAUGGACUAUGGAGACGAUGCCCUUCGCUAGAGUGAUGGGAGACAUGACCAUACUCCCCAACGGCGAUGUUUUGAUCAUCAACGGUGCCGCAAGGGGGCUUGCGGGGUGGGAUUCUGGGAGAGAUCCAGUGUUCUACCCGGUGCUGUAUCAACCCGAGAACCAGAUCGGGUCUCGAUUCCAAGUACUAAACCCAUCUACCAUUCCACGUAUGUACCAUUCGACAGCAAUCUUACUACGUGACGGUCGAGUUCUAGUGGGUGGAAGCAAUCCACAUCAGUACUACAAUUUCACCGACGUUCUAUAUCCAACGGAAUUAAGCUUAGAGGCAUUCUCACCUGCUUAUUUGGAUUCGGAAUUUUCGGGAUUACGGCCGACGAUCAUCACUCCGGGGUCAUAUAGUAAUAUAAGUUAUGGGCAACAAAUGGUGUUACAGUUUUCGGUAUGGAGUACUCCGGUGAACGAGAGCAUGAUAGGGGUGACAAUGGUGGCUCCCUCUUUCACGACCCACUCGUUUUCCAUGAGUCAAAGGUUAUUGGUGUUGGAUGCCAGUAAUGUGACUGCAUUGACGAACUCAUCGUAUUCCAUGGCGGUGACGAUUCCAAAUUCAGCUUUCCUGGCACCUCCUGGGUAUUAUCUUUUAUUUGUGGUGCAUCAAGAUAUACCUAGUCAGGGGAUUUGGGUUCAACUCCAGUGAUUUAUUUUUGUAUUUUUUUUUUUUUUAAAAUUUA